AUGAUUCAAUAUACAUAUGCGUCUGAAUUGAUAUUGGUGGAUACUCCUCUGAACAGCAAAGAAGGUGUAUCGUGGCGUGGACGUUAUGCAUCGGAUGUUUUGUCCAAUUUAUCUUCUGGACAUCAAGAACAGAUUAAGAAAAAUCGUACAUACAUAUUGCAUUUGAUUGAUAUAGUAUUAUACUUGGGAAAACAGGGUAGUGCCUUUCGAGGCCAUUCAGAAGGCACUGAAUCUUUAAAUCAAGGAAAUUUUAAGGAAUUAUGCAACCUUUAUGAAAAAUCAGUACCAGAUUUCCAUUUGAUUUAUAAACAACCUAAAAACUACACUAGUUGGAGAAUCCAAGAACAGUUAAUUGAAAUAUGUGCUAAUCAUAUUAAUGAAACUAUUUUAAAUGAAAUUUCUACAACUGGAUUUUUUGCUAUUAUGUGUGAUGAAGCUAGAAUCCACAAAGAAGAACAGCUUUCAAUAUGUGUUCGCUAUGCAGUUGAAAUGGAAGUGUAUGAGCGAUUUUUAGGUUUUGUGGACGUGUCAAAAGGACAAAAUGCAAAUGAUAUUGUUGAAGCUAUUUAUUCCUAUGACGGUGCUAGCGUUAUGUCGGGGAGUAUGAAUGGCGUUCAAGCUAAAAUAAAAGAGCAACAUCCUGCAGCAGUAUACACUCACUGUAUGGUUCACCGCCUAAAUUUGGUGGUUGUUGACACAUGCAAAAUCAUUAAGAGUGCUCAGGCAGCAUUUAAUAUAUUGGAAGCAGUGUAUGUACACUUUUCAAGGCCAUCAAAAAAUACUAAAUUAAUAGAAAUUCAAAAAAAGAUGGGUCUAUUUAAGAGUACUACUGUUAUGCGAGUAUGUGAUACUCGAUGGGUAUGCCGGUAUAAAAACUGUGAAUCUAUAAUAAAUAAUUUUGAAAGUAUUGUUAAAGCACUUAAAGAGGAAGUUGAAGAUCAGGCAGACAAAGAUGUGGCUCAACUUCAAAAUAAAAAAGCUACAUUGGGAAAUUCUGGAAAAAUAAUUAAAGGUGUUAUUGCUUCAUUUAAAAAUCUGCGUUCUGAUGAGGCUUUUGAUAGAUUUUGGCUAAAGGUUCAAGAUUUUGCAGAUAAAAAUAAUAUACUAUUGACAAUGCUACCCACAAACGAAGUGUCAAAAGAAAAACUAACUCGCAAACGUCGUGAACCAGCCAAACUUCAAGAUUAUGCCCUGAGUCAUCGAACAGGAGCAGAGUCUGAAAAUAAUACUUCAAACACUAUUGAAUAUUGGCGUACAACAGAUAUUUUGAAAAUAUCAACAGCUAGUUUAUCAGCAGAAAUGCUGGUUUUAAAGAAUAGUCUACCAGCCAACUUUGUAUAUGAAGACUUGAAAAAUCAAUGUUAUAAAAGUUCAUUUCCAAAUGUCUAUAAACUAGUUCAAGUGGGAAUGACAAUUCCAAUUUCUUCUUCAACGUGUGAACGCUCCUUCUCAGCUAUGCGUAGAUUGAAAAACUGGUUACGCACCAGUAUGGGCCAAGAAAGAUUUACCAAACUAUCCACACUUAGCAUUGAGAGAGAUGUCACCAAUAAAAUAGAGGGGGAAAUUAUAUUGCAAAAAUUUGCAAUAUCAAACAGAAAAUUAUAUCUUGUGUAA